UUCAGUCCCCCUCGGGUUUUAAGGCACGAUUAGUCACAGUCAUCUUUAAAAAUGUAGAUUCGAAAAUACACCAGUCAAUUUUUGGCGUUUGUGUUGAUUUUUGUUUGUCUUUAAAAUAUUAUAUGUGACUAUAAUGGAAAUGCUGACUUUAACGCGUUUGUGAACUUGUGCCUCCUGUAGGAAUAUGGGAAUCUGCCUCGACACCGAACAAAAUAAUGGUUCACAGUCACUUGAAGGUGGAACGGAAAGUUGGGCUCAGAACACUCCACGCUACACAAAAAACGCCGUUACUCCUCCAGCAGGAAAAUUUCCAAUGCAUAACGACACCCCGAUUCAAUUUGAAGCCCUUAAAGUUCCAGUUAUUUUUGUAUUGGGAGGGCCGGGUAGCGGAAAGGUGACACACUGCGACAAUUUGAUGCAAGAAAAGAAAGGAGUGGUGCACAUUAAUGUGUCUGAUUUACUUCAACAAUACGCCAUUGGAAAUGAUGUCCUGGAUUAUGGUCAACUUUCUAGCAAAACGGUUACCGAGGUUUUGAUGGUCGAGAUGAAAAUGGCGCCCAGUGCAAAAACCUAUUUGGUUUCUGGUUAUCCGCGUAAUAUGAGAGACGUGGUGGAAUAUUCCGAAAAAAUUCGGGUAGUGAACGGUGUAAUAAUGAUAUCGUGGCGACAAAAGAUAUUGGAGAGACAAAUUGAAUAUGGUGCCAAAUUAGGUCAAUUAGUGUUAUCUCUGGCUAAGUUGGAACUUGUCAACUUUUACAAAAACGUUAUUCCUGUGGCGGAAUACUUCGACCAAAGUAACAUGCUAAUAUCGGUUCAUGGUGAGAGACCUCCGGCUGAUGUGUACAAAGAUUUUCGAGAAGCCGUAUUUCGGAUACUAGGAGAUCAAGAUAAUCCUCCUGAAUUCACGCAACUGACGAAAAAUAAUUUUGUGCCAAUGAAUAACAACUCAGAAAAGACACCUGCAAACUUGGCACAAUUAUCUUUGGAAUCUCCACCUCCGACGCGGGCAGCAGCUCCUACCACUCGUCCAAAAACUCAAGUCAUUUCGAUGAAUUCAGCGAUUGAAAACAAUUUCAACACUCCGAUAAAACCUCUUAAUUAUCCUCCCGUUUUCUGGGUGAUCGGCGGUCCUGGAAGCAACAAAGCAGUAUUGUGUCAAACUGCUGCGAGAAAAAUGGGCUGGAACCACAUAAGUCUGGGGAAACUUUUGAGAAGUGUUGCUGAGUCAUCAGAUCCAAGAAACAACAACGAAAUAGUCAAGAUAAAAGAUUGUAUUAGCAACGGAGAACUGGUACCCACGGAUAUUGUUAUGAAAACGGUUGAGUCGCAUAUAAUGAAUAAUAUUAACGUAAAAGGAAUCAUUUUGGACGGGUUUCCUCGAGACAUGGUACAAAUACAGGAAUUCGAAACGAAGUUCCGACAAAAGCCAACUGUAAUUCUAUUAGAUUGCUCUAAAUUGCAAUUGGGCAAAGGAAGACUAGAUGACAGCGUCACUGCGUUUCGAAGACGUUUGGAAAUAUUCAGACAAUCAUCUCUUCCGAUGCUUAAAGCGAUGGAUAAUAUUGGCCGAUUAACUAUAGUCGAUGGCGAUACGGAUCUAGCGUCAGUUCAAGAGGACUUUUUUAAUGUAGUAAAUGAACAUGUUAAAUACAUCACGGCCAAUGAAUAUCAGACACAUGCCAAGACCAACCAUGUCGUAAGCAAUGGAGUCGCCAACGGGCACACAAUUAAAAAUGGAUAAUUCGGCAUUGCGAGAGUGAAUAAGAAAGAGGCCGAGGCGUUAAGAAAGGACAUUAUGCUUGAAAGCGCCAGGAUUUAUUUUUAUAUAUUGGUAUAAUAGAAAUUUUAAUGUGUGCUAAAAUUUGUCAGCAUUGUCAGUAACGCAGGGUACAAAUCAAUAUUAAGUGUUUAUUUUAAUAGGUGAAUGUGUUAAUGAUUAAAUAUAAGUGAUACAUUCAUACCAAAA